CGAAACGACGCCAAGUUCGUUGGUCGGUUCGUGUUUCGAGCUCGUUCUUUAUUUGGUGCGCCUUUGAAAGUACGCGUUUGUUUGAGAGCGAAGAGAGAACAAAAAUGUUGCUGGCAUUAGACGGCGACGCCACGAAACAGCGGCAGCAAUGAGUUGUCCGUACCCCUCAGUGCUACUGAGUCGACUGUGUCAACAACCGGCGUAGGAUACCGACAGCAUUGAAUCGACCGUGACUGACCGACGCUUCGCAUUACGCAUUCCUGAGUCGGCAGCCAGAGACAUGGCCUCGAAAAAGAAACCAGAGAGCAACAGACGUCCCUACUUCAGACGGAGCGAGGCAUCCACGGCCCUCCUCCACAGGCAACGAGGAAGUGCUGCUGUUUCGGCGGGGGACAGCGCUACGGGGGGCAACCCCACCCGGAGCUUUUGUCCCCGGUGAACCCCGCCGAGGAUCCCCCGGGGAGCCCCUACAUUGAAGGGGCGGGCAGGGCAGGGACAACUUCGGGGGUGGCCGGCCGGGAUGCGCAAGGGUGCCGUAGCCCGCGGCCGGCUGCCCCGAUUCGAGACCGCACUCUUGAUCCUGGUACUCUUCGGGUCAUCAUCAUCUUUGGCGGCGGUAGUCCCCGAAACGACUACGACGGUUUCAACCGAGCCAACUGUUGCAAACCUCACGUCUACCCCCGUUUCAGCUGCACUGUUUCGAGGUCCCCCUGUAACCAGCGGCAGCUACUGGCUUCGGGGACCUCCGGAGUACAUUUCACUAUCCGGGGACAUUGUGGUCGAGUACGGACUUCCUUCGGUCGGAGGUCCGGCCGGCAGCGGUCCCGGAGGCCUCACGGCCCACGUCCUGGCCUUCAAGGACGACACGAUCCUGGCGAAGACGGACGUGCCUCGAAGAGGGGACUCCGGAAGGAUCGUUUUCGCAUGCGGCCUCGUUCACAAGGCGGGGAGGUACUACUUCCAGCUGGUCGCCGCCGAUGGGGAGACUGUGCUGGCGCGAUCGAAACAGGACACCGUCGUGCGCUGGCCGGAGGUGGUCAGUCACGUCCCGCUGAUCCUGGAGACGUACGGUUCGGACGUGGUAGUCACCUUCGAGUUUCCGUACCUGCGGUGCCCGCCGCUCCAGCAGGACAACUACGGCUUCACCGUGUCCCUGGUGUACCGCGGCACGCACUCCGAGCCUGAGUCCUGGUUCCAGGAGUCCGUGGUCGACCAGAAGGGACUGCCCAGUUGGGCUGCGCUUCGAGGGCAGGACGUCACGCUGGACUGCGAGGCGUUCGACAAGGCCGGAUUCUAUCAGGUCCGAUUAACCUGCGCCGACGACACGUCCCUGCCCGUCAUAUCCGAGAGUGUUCCUGUGCGAGUCGUCUGGAGUUCGCGGUACAUGCUCAACGUGGCACAGAGUCUCAUUGCCAGCUGCCACGACGGCAUCAACAUCGUCUACCGCUACCCGACCACUUGCAGCAAAGACCGCGACAAGGUACGCGUCUACGGUCUUCCUCGGACGUCGGGGGUGACCGGGGCGGCCCCGUCGGCGCGGUACCUGUUCGAGCGGCGUCUCCCCAAGGGCAAGCACGCGCUCACCCUUGGCUGCCACCUGUUUCCCGAGGGAUACGCCCGCUUCUGCUUCGUCUACGUUAGCGUCGCUCGCAACGGCGCCGUCUUCGAGCUCCAGAAGCAGUGCCGACCAUGGACGCUCGAACCAGGUGGCCGGGUUUCUGGCUGGGGAAACUGGAGCCAGUGGAGUUUCUGCACGGGCUCUUGUGGCCGGGGCACCCAGAGUCGCUACCGGCUCUGCGGUAUACCUGACGGAGUUUGCCGAGGCAGCGCCUUCGACACCAGGACCUGUUCUCUGGAACCCUGCCCUGAAACUACAUUAGCUCCCGAUACGACGACCACGACGCCCUUGUCGUCCACGUACUGUCUGUGUGGCUGCACCCUGUCAGUCUUCAGGAAAGAAACCAUCCGUUACUCAGCCUCGGCCCCAUGCGAUGGACCGGUGUCCUGGAUCUUCAAGCCCUUCUCGGCGCCCAGGAUAGUGGUACAGUUUACAGAAGUGCACCUUGGAAGCGAGCUCGAAGCCAUCUCUGUGAGGGACGGGACCUCGUCCCUCGGUGUUUUGCUCGCCUCCCUUCCUCACGAGGAAUCAUCCGUUGAGGACGAAGGCCCCUUGAGGAUUGCGUCUCUCUCCGGGCCAAUCAGGAUUGACUUUUCGCCAGCAAAUCGCAGCCACCCUCCUCCGGACGGUGACUCGGCAACUUUCAAGAUUUCUUUCUGGGAAGAUAACUCUACGCUGGACAGUUCUUCCAGGAGGACGUACCCUGGCGCGUCCCUGCUCCCUUCAUCCGUCCACGUCAUGCUCGCCUUCCUGGGGAGUGCAGUACUGGUGACGACGGCGGUCCUGGUUGUCGCCUACCGCAGUCGCUGCUGCUGCAACUGCUGGUCGGAACCUAGCCACAAAGACCGUAGCUUGGUCUCGGAGUCGCUGUGUUCGGAUGAGCUUGACCACCGCCCCACGGUUCGGCUCCUGGGUGUAGCUGGAUCCCUCACGUCCAUCUCGGAGGUUUCGCUCGAGGAUGAAGCUGCAUCGAUGGAGGGCCCCUUUAAGACUCCUGAGAAGUUCUCCGGCGAGAGUCCCGAAGACUUCAUGGACCAGGCGUGCCUCUUCAAGUCUGUCGGCUCUGUGUGCACUGCGUCAGUGGAGUCUACGCCAGUGCCCAAGAAGAGAGUUCCUGUGGCCACGGUAUCCCCACAACCACAGAGCCGGCUGAGCACGCCCCGCCCGCCGCUCAGGGACCAUCGGCACUUCAAGUCGCUCCUGAAACCCGCCGGGGACUCAGUCGAGUCCCUGGAAGGACGACAGAGCUCCUGCUGCUCGCGCAGAACCCUCAAGGUAGCUGCGACGACCAGCGGCCUGAGGGACAGUUCCGUUCCUUUGGCCGCCUCGCUGUCAGAGCUGAGCACGAGUGGCACUGAGGAUGGCUUCGAGUUGGACUACUAUGAUUACGGCUGUCACGACGUUCCGGGAUCGUUCUUCAGCGCCCAGGUGCUCGGAUGGCCGCCUUUCCUGCCCCUGCCUCCGGAUGAUGAACUGCUUGAGCUGCAGCUGCAGCAUUACACGUUGCCUCCACCCGAGACGGACUUGGUGGUCACCACACACGUUAACGAGUCUGAAGAAGAACAGUGACCAUGGGCUCCGCGGGGUCUGUAACUGACUUCAGCCUCGGAAAAGUAGAUGUGGUAUAGAGCGUGGGGCUGGCGUCUUCCCAGUCGUGUUAGCAGACGUGAGUAGCGCUGUGUGUCGUCGCGCCAGUAGUCAACAAGCACCUCAGAGAGCCUGAAGAGUGGAGGCGCUUGACUUCGGAAGUCUGCAACUGGUCACCAUCAGUGAGAUGCUAACAUCUGCUCGUGUUGUGAUGCAGGAGAUCAUGCCGCAAAGGACGCGACAUCUCUAUGACAAAGCGAUUUUUUUUUUUUUUAAGUUGCUUUGGGUCUGGCGGGGCAUUUUUGGCCUGGGCGACUUUUCUGCAACCAACAUUGGGACACCAAUAGGGUAGUUGUGCAUUCACAUCGUCAUCCCCUUUUCUUUGUAUAUUUGAAUUCCUCUUCUUAAUGUUGAUCAAAACCGAGAUACCGUCGUCAUCUUAUCACAUUUCUGCCUAAAUGACCUCGACAUAGGACCAAUCAUUGAACCCUGUAUUUUAUAUCAAUGCAUUUACAAUCAAACCAAAACAAAACAAAAAAGGCCAAGAGGUAUUUUUGAAAACUUGAUUAUACACUUCCAAAGUCUGAUGAUCCAAUGGAGAAAACUAUUUUAUAUUGUAAAUUUAUUUUGUAAUGAAAAAGUGGCUUGAGAUGCGAUUUCUACCUUAUAGCAUUAUCUUAUUCUAAAAUUGCUGGUACAGACUGGUGCAAGAAAAAAGAGAACCCCAUAAAUGUCGCCAUAUUUCUUUCUUAGUCCGAUCGAACCUUUCUGGGAUCGACUGCUUUAGAGUUUUUUACCGCUCGCCCGACUAUUCACCGAACUGCUGCACUCUUGCUUUGAGGGGAGUGCGAUCAUGUAUCAUCAUCCGAAGCAUGCACGGUGUUCGACUUUAAUGAAAUUCAGGAAACGACCAACUCAGCACGAUGGCAUGGUUCUGUGAUAUGGCUAGAACGACAUCACUGAGAGCGCGCGAAACUACACUUUGUAUCAUAGGAACGUUUUAGUGAAGCUCCGAAGCUUGAAAAAUUAAGCUAUCCUCAUUUUCACCUCAAGAAAAAAGGAAGUUUUGCGCAAAGUUCAUACGCUGCGCGAAGUAUAGUUCUUACAAAAAUGGGUUGUCGGGGGAAGAAGCGGUGCUUUUGGCAUUUGAAACUUGUACGUCUUGAUAAGAUAACACCAACUUAAUCUAAAAUGCAACUACAUAUAUCUUAAUUCUCCGCGAGGAGCCUGACUUUUUUUUACUACAGUUCAUCAGGUGAAAAUGAUUAUAGUAAUACUCAACUAUGGAGUACUCCUGGCAUUUUAUUUUCGUGCUAGCUUUUGUUUCCGCGGGGAAAAGGGCCCCGAACGAAUUGUCACUGUUUCAAAGAACUUUGAAGUGAAAGCCAGAAAUGAUUGAGCUCGUAAGUUCAUGUUUAUUGUAUAUACUGUGUGUAUAUUUUGUAUUUGGCGGUGUCACAUGAUUUGCUAUCAAGCUACGACCCAAGCUUGCUUGACUGAUGUUACUACGUAGAUGCCUUAAAACGAGAAAAAUCUUUAAUGUCGUUCUGGGGGAGGCUCGUGGGAAAUUUUGUAUGUAUUGUUGUUUUUGUUUUGUUUUGUUUGAUGAUUUGUUGUUCUGAGUUCUUUUUUGUUGCAACGGCUAUCAAAGGUGCCGUCGCUUAUAAACAGCCAGAUUUGUAUGCACACCCCCGGAGAUUAUGAGCCGGAGCACCUGAUCUGGACGACUGCUGCGCUGACCGUCGCGACAAGCUCCAUUCUCUCUCUUAUUGUCAAAGAGUUCAAAGAUUGAGAACUUAGCUUCGCGUUCCAAGUCACGUUUGAAACAAACCUCCUUUAAAAAUUGACAGGAAAGUAAAGAAGCAUGGAGGGCUGUCGCAGCUCGUAUUGCCGGCGGUAGUACACUGAGAUUAACUUCUGAUUGAAAAAGAUAUAGCCUUAUUUUAAAUUCGCCUGAUGGCAUAGCAACCUUGAACAGCACCUAGUCGCGGAAAUUACCCUUUUUUUAUAUAUUUUUUAAAGUUUGAGUCCAGGAGUAAAUUAUUAUUAUUAUUACUAUUAUUUCAUGCUGGCCGAGCUGAGAUAGGAGAAAAAAUUCUUGUAUAAACUUCGGGGUGAAAGAAAAUUCACAUUGUGAACAGAAGCUUUUCGAGGGAGGGCAAUUUUGAGGUCACAACUACUGAAUGAGUUCAUCCUGACCUGACAGUGGCACUUUCAAAAGAUUUUUCUAGUCUUUGUUUAAAGAAAAAAAAACGGUCACAAACCGCUGGGUGAAAGUAUACACGUCAUAGAGUUAGCGAACGAAUACUGUAAACCUUUAAUGAGCAAUUUCUGCCAGGCUCUAGUCAUGACGCUCUGCGGUGAAUCGCACGACAGCUUCGAAGCAUCUGCCUACCGAGACUCUUCAUCGUGAAGGACUGCAGCAGCUGGCACAAGUGCGGGUUCAGUGUGUUGCGCGGAGUACCAGGGGUGAACUUUUAGUUCCAGAAACUCCGGAGGAAUUUUGUUACAACAUGGAAAAAUAAAGACUUCUAUGGAAGAUCUGCAACGCUAGAAA